GUUAACUUCAGAGAUCAGAAGAAGAAAGUUAAAAUGCAGGACUUUGAGCUUCUCAAAGUAUUAGGAACAGGUGCAUAUGGAAAGGUUUUUCUGGUGCGCAAGAUAUGUGGAAGUGACAGUGGUUGUCUCUAUGCAAUGAAGGUGCUAAAGAAGGCAUCUCUUGUUCAAAAAGUGAAGACGACUGAACACACGAUGACUGAACGUAGUGUCUUAGAAGCGGUGCGAGAGUCACCAUUCCUAGUCAAUCUUCACUAUGCAUUUCAGACGGACGCCAAGUUACAUCUGAUACUAGACUACGUGAAUGGUGGAGAACUCUUCACACACUUGUACCAUCGAGAACACUUUGAGGAGUCCGAGGUCAGACUGUAUGUAGCAGAGAUUGCUCUAGCCCUCAAUCACCUCCACAAGCUUGGGAUCAUCUACAGAGAUUUGAAGUUAGAAAAUAUCUUGCUUGACACUGACGGGCACAUCGUCGUCACUGACUUUGGGCUCAGUAAAGAAUUGCUACCCGCAGAUAACAACAGAGCCUACUCCUUCUGUGGAACGAUUGAAUAUAUGGCGCCUGAACUCAUUAAGAGAGAGCACUCUGGAUAUGAUAAGGCCAUCGAUUGGUGGAGUCUAGGUGUUCUGUCAUACGAGCUGAUCACAGGAGCUUCACCGUUCACGGUUGAUGGGGAUUCCAAUGAACAGAUAGACGUUUCAAGGAGGAUAUUGAAAUCUCACCCACCAUUCCCGUCCAAGAUGAGUUGGGAGGCUAAAGCUUUCAUGUCGCAGUUGCUGACAAAAUAUCCAAGUGAGCGGUUAGGUUCCGGACCUAAUGGCUUUGAGGACAUUCAAAAACAUCCAUUCUUUAAGGGUCUGGACUGGGACGACGUCGCGAAGAAGAAGGUGAAUCCUUUCUUCAAGCCACAGAUAGACGAUGAGUUGGAUGUGAGUAAUUUUGCCGAGGAGUUCACGGGACAGGUCGUCGCCGACUCGCCCGCCGUCGUUCCUAACGUCAGGAACGCCUGCUUGUUCCGGGGUUACUCCUACAUAGCUCCAUCGAUCAUUUUUACGGACAAUGUGGUGAGUACAGACAUCCACACAGCGAGUGAGCUGGAAGCACCUAACGAUGCUCAAGUGACAUUUGCUUGCCUUUAUCAGCAUUCAGCAUUUAACCAGAAGUACAGCUUAGAUCUCAGUAAGGAGGGUCUUCUAGGCCAUGGCAGUUACUCGGUGUGUAGGCGAUGCAGGUUGAGAAGUGAUGAGACAGAAUAUGCGGUAAAGAUCCUAAGCAAGCGUAUCAACACCAGCAGGGAGGUACAGCUCCUGCGACUUUGUCAAGGUCACAGCAACAUUGUCAAGCUGGUGGAGGUUCUAGACGAUGAGAAUCUACUCUACGAGAAUGCAACGGAAGCGGCCGGCAUCAAGAUCGUUGAUUUCGGCUUUGCUCGCUUGAGGUUGGACAGUGAGCUGAUGGCGACGCCAUGCUACACGCUGCCCUACGCCCCGCCGGAGAUACUCAUGAUUGCCAGCAACCCACACGACCCGGCGGAGCGCGGCUACGAUGAAUCGUGCGACCUGUGGAGCCUCGGCGUUAUACUGUAUACAAUGCUAUCCGGACGGGUUCCAUUCCAAUCAAACGAGGAAACGAGAGCAGCUGCAAUUAUGAAGCGAAUACGAGGCAAUGAAUUCAGCUUCGACGGCGCAGAGUGGUUGCUCGUCUCAGAACAAGCUAAAGAUCUAAUAAAGGGAUUACUGACGAUCGAGCCAAAGCAGCGUCUGACCUUGGACAACCUCGUGGCGUCGGACUGGCUCGCGCAGGACCCGGACAGCAGCACGCCGCUCAUGACCCCCGGCGUUCUCCUCACCUCCGCGUCGCGACACGUACAGACCGCGCUCAGCAAGACGUUCAAGUCAUUCCACAGGGCAGCGCGCGAGGGCUUCCUGCUGCAGGACGUGUCGAAGGCACCGCUCGCGAAGCGGCGCAAGAUGAAGAAGUCGUCGGACACGAGUUCGAGCGGGGACAGCGGCACACAGGUUCCCAGCGGAAUGUCCGUCGAAAUGUCGGAGAUCACUCUCUGCUCAUCCUCAGCCUCCGUCGCCGUGCCCGGUUGCCACGGCUACGUUGUGCGUGCCGAUUCGGCGUCGCCGAGUGUGACGCCGACGUCGUCCGGGCAACCCCCGGACUCCGGCGCGUGGGAGUGUUCGCCCGCCGCCUGGGAAUGUUCGACCACUCCCUUCGUCGGCAGUCUCAACGAUUCGGGCAUCGAGGACGCGUGCGUGACGUCAACGAAGCGGCCGAGGGAGGAGGAGGAGGAGGAGACGAGCGCAGGGGCGGACAACGCCGGGGAGCCGUCAACGAAGAGGCUGAGGGACGACCCAAUGACGACGACGAAUUUGUAACGACGUAAAGGUGCGACACAGUGUGUAUGACCCUGGGUGUAACGCGACUUGUAACUGUGUGUGUAACUGAGGGACUAGUGCAGUGCGCGAAAUUAGCGCUAUUUUGCAUAAAUUUCAUGCCCUGCUAAUGUGACGUGUGAUAGUGUGUGUGACGAGGGACGCCGGGUGUGAUGUGACAUGUGACUGUGAGUGUGAUGCAGGGUGUAAUGCGACUUGUGUGACUGUUUGUGUGUGACCCAGGGCUCGGAGGUGUCUGGGUGUGGUGCGGGUUUACUGUCUACUGUCAAGGCAGCCGAUUUUCACUAGCUAGAGCUUUUAUCUCAUUAUAUUUUUAUUUGUCAGCGUGUCAGAUGAGUAGAUUGACCAUAGCCUAUUCGUUUAUGGUCAUUGACAAGUUGAUGUGUUGGUGUUAACGUCGUUGAUGUUGACGUGCUUAUAUCUGUGAGGGUUGUGCUGGAAUAUUGUUGCAUACUAAUUUUGUUAAACGUUGUUAAUAUUUUGUCAUUUCGUGUUAUUUGUAGUGGGUGAGGUCAUGUUACAAGGUCAGAGGUCAUAGAGGAGUAGUACGCACAAAUACUUGUAUGCAGAUAAUGGUACUAAGCAUGCAGGGUUCGUGUUUAUGGCAGCGUGUACACUGAAAUAAUUAACGGAAGUUCCAAGAUGGAGGUGAAGAGGGUGAAUCAUAUGCAUACCCACGUGCACGCAGAGAUGCUCAUGUGCAGGCACGCGCGUUCACACACACAUGCAUGCACGUGCAUGGAUACUCAUGUGCACGCGCUCACUCGUACAAGCACGCACAUGCGCGAGUUCUUCCAUUAUGUUCCUUCACAUAGUUUGUAAGGGUUGCAUUUUUAAAAGCAAAUCUCAGUUCGAAAAGGGGGCAAAUAUCAGUCAGGAAACGGCCACAGUAUCACUGGACCACACAGAUGAGAUGAAGAUAUGGUUUCAUUGUAGUUCUUAUUGGUUUCCCAUCUAAACCUCUCUCACAUAGAGAGGAAAAACAUUCAUGUCAAACGUGAAAGCGAAUAAGUGGGUCUUAUUUAGAAAAUUUAGAUAAAAAAAAGUUUUUUUAUGAUUUAUGAAUUUUAUGUUUAUAUGGUAUGGUUUUUAUUACUAAUUUAUUAGAUUUGCAAUGUCUUAGCCAUAACGAACAUCGAAUGUGUCUCUAUAUUUUAUGUUCUACCUAAUUCGGAGUAUUGUGACUUAUCUAAGAGUGGCCAUUACGAGACACAUGUAACUAAGAAGGACUGUAGCUCCUAUAUUUUCUACUGGGUUUUGAUCUUGGUCGGAAGCUGUUGAUGUGCUGUCAGGGUGAACAUUCAUUGAAUACCAUGUCAGAAGAUUCUAACCUAUUGCUUCAGGCAAGGCUCUUGUUGUUGUAGGUGGUUAUUGUAAAUUGAGUCUGGGUGUAUCUGUUAGUUGUCUAAACUGCAGCUUGGUUCCAAAAGGCUGGCUGGCACUGUGUUAGCACUACUGUCGAUGUCGGUAAAUGCAGGCUGAGAUGUCCUUGCUGAGUCUGCAAAUCCCGAUGAAAAUUAGACACGAACUUGUCAGCUACUGAUUUCUGACCCCCGUAAAUGCGGCCAUGCUUGUUCUAAGUUUCAUUGUUUUUUUUAUUCGUGGGGCAAUCUAGCUAGUUUGCAUUCCUUACAAGUCAUUAGGCAAUAUAAACCUGGGUUUUAUGGGCGGACGUUGAAUGACAAGCUACCUAUUGUAGUUGUGAUGGCAACGGCUAUAUAACAAUCUAUUGCAGCCACGGCUACUUGGUUAAUCUCAUAGUUGCAGUUUUCAUUGGAAGCCUAUAGCGUGGCUGGACACGAGUAAUGAGGAAACAAGUGCCUAUCUCAGUGUUCUAUCCGAUAUAGAAUGAUCAGUGAGUGCCGGAAAAUUUUGAAGGAUUUUCCUGUCGGGCCGGGGUUUACCGAUUACGCGUGAAGAAGUUUGCUGGUUGGUCGCUGACUAGGAACCGGAAAAACACAUUGCCGCCUCCUCGAUAAGGUAGGAACAGUGAAAAGAUGGUUGGAAUUUUAUUUCAUAGGUUAUCUCAUUUUUUCUACAUAAAUUUGGGUGCAAGUGCUUACCAGCAAUGUAUCCGAUGUGGCAUGCACAUUGGCGUUGAGUAUUUGAUUCAACGUUUUCCCAAUUCUUAACUUGUGCUUACCAUUUCGUGGUGGAAUCGCAAAAUCGGCAGGUGGUCAAUGAUUAUAUGUAUGACACGCUGAGAGCAUUGGGAUUAAUUGUUCUAGCAAGACAGUACAGCUAGGUAUUGCGAUGCGUACGGUGGUUUCUUUCGCUGCCGACCUUCCUGUUACUGUUCUACGUGGUCGUAUUUCCAUGAUCUUGUGCUGUGGUACCUAUAUAUGUAUCAUGACAGUGUGCGUGCAAAUCACACAUCGUUCAUGUUUCUCUUUUACUGGCGCUGCUGGUGUUUUCAUUGGGAAACGUACAGUUUCUCGUACGUAUACAGUCAACUCUAUUCAUACUGACCAUCCUCGGGACCGUCCAUUUAAUUUGGUUUUCUAUUAAGUUCGGUUUACAGGGGGUACUAUUUUACCUUCCAUGUCUCAGAUAGUGUUUGGACUUUAAAAAAUCUGCCGGUUUAACGAGAGAUUCGGUUUUGAAAGCAUUUGGAAAGUUGACCGUAUAGUAAAGUGACACGUUGUGGACAGCGCGUAUAGUGUAUUCACUAGUGCAGCAUAGGCAUGGGUAAUCUACAUGUGGUAUGGCUAGUUCAUGUCACGAUAUUUUAAUGUGUAAAGUCGUUUAAACAUAAUGGUGUGAUCAGGUACAAUAUAGAGACAAGGAAAGUGCAUGUGUAUUGCCUUUGGUAUAUAGUCAAUGGUACAUAAUGGUACAUAAUCUAUGUUAUGUAUGUACUACUGAUCUAAUGUAUGUCUUUAUAAUUAGACAUAACACAUCAGGACCCGGUUCCACAGGCGUGAGUUAAAUUAGGGGUCUAAGACUUUUUAAAUUAAAAUCUUUUAAAGGAAGUGAGCUAAUGCGCGUCGAAUUUCUCUGAAAUAGCACUGUACUUGCGUCUCUGAACGUUGAAAUAGUGCAAUGUAUAUAUAUCUACAUUAAUUGAUUUAUCUGUGUGUGCGUGUUGGUGUCUUCGUGGGUGCGCACAUACGUGUCUGUGUGCGUGCGCCUAUUUAGAACAUUCAUCGUUGAUGCGAGUCCGUCAUCUUUUAAAUUUUAUAUUUUACAUGUGAGGUCGUCAAUAAAUGUUUUAUGAACAAUCUAACAACAAAUGAACGCUAUGGAUAACUGAAAAGGUCUAUGUUUAACUGGCAACGUUGCCUUGUGCACGAUACCUGAGAAAAUACGAUGGCUCGAGUGUGUAUACGGGCUAUCUCGUUGGUAUACUAGUAUUACUUCAAAGGUUAGGCUAUAAAUGAUGUUAUAUUCCACUUUUAGGUGCUCUAUAUUGUUGCUUGCUAUGUGAUAGCAUUUAAGGAUCCCAGCCUAACAUACGUCUAACAGUGUAAGUUGUAAGCGAUGCUUUGCUUCAUGCUCAAAAUUAUUUUUAUGUAUUGUUAAGAUAGUAGAAUCGUUACCGUGCAUGGUAAUUAAUUAUGGAGUUGUUAUUAUUGUUAUGAUUUGGAGCAAGUUGAAAUAUCUUCUAAAUUGCAAUUAAACGCAUUUGUACUUAAAGGUUUCAACAAGAGGCCGAGUGGCACAUUUCAACGUGUGUGCGCGCGCGUGUGCCGAACGCUGCCUUUGUCUCUGUAUAGAUUUGCGGAAUUGUACGCGUUUAUACCAGCUGCGUUAGUUCUACUAACUAAUACCCCGUACAGACUGCAAAUUUGAUCCUACAUCAAACAAGUCCGGGCCAGGCACGCGCUAAUUUUUUGCAGCGUGUACACACUAUCCCGGGCUAAAUACGCGCUAGUCUGUAGUAAGUGUCUGUACGCUGCGAUUUAGCGUGCGCCUGGCACGGGCCUGGCCUGGACUAGUUUCAUGUGGGAUUAAAUUUUGCAGUCUGUACGGGGUAUGACAGUAUUGUAUCUCAAUUGCACAGCACAUGAUGUGCAAUCUGUACACGAUGGUGUUGGUCGAGAUAAAGUCUAGUUUCGUUUUCUACCAAUGAAACGGUUAUUUAAAAAUAUAUCGUCAUACAUCCUAGUGUAUUGUUAAAAAAGGAGUUAAGUGUUGUA